AAAAAAAAAGUUAUCCUUUUGAGAUUCAGAUUAACACCAGAAUUUCCACUGGCAAAACUGGAUACUAGAAUUAAUUACAGCAGUGCUAUCAAGUUUCUGAAGAAAAUGUUUUUCAACCUGGAGUUCUACACCCAAACUAUCAUUCAAGAGUGAGAGCAGCAUAAAGACAUUUUUGUAUAUGCAGUCACUCAGUUUACCUUGUCAUAUGCUGUUAGGACAAUAUUUAAGAAAGUAAUUCAAAUAAAGGGGAACAUCAGGUCCCAGAUCAAAUCCAGUCACCCCAGGAUAGCCACGAAGGACUGUUCCAGCAUGAUCCUGUGUAGCAGACCCGGCAGAGAAUCAGGUCUACGUUGCAGCAGAAGGGUGCAGGGGCUCUGAGAAGGGAGUGUGAGCCAAGAUGAGAUCCUGAUUUAAUGCGGGUAUGGCUUGGGAGCUCAGAGAAGAUUGAGGCUUGGAUAAAGGUGAACGAUAUAAGAAAAAAGAAAGGCAAUGAGAAAAGCCAAGGAAAGCAAGAGUCAUGGUCCAAAUGUGAAGUACAUAAAGCAAUUGAUAGAACGUAAGAAUAGCAAGUCUGUUUGACCUUAAUGCUAAGAACAGUUUCCUUUGAGGCCAAGGGCUUCUGAUACUGCUCCCAGACAGAAAAGGGAAAAUCUAAAUACAGUUUGGUUCAGCACUGAAUAAUAAUAAUUUGGCUAUGUAAAAGAAUAGAUGACUGAAUUGUGGCUAAAAGACAAAAUGUGAGUGGUAAUAGGUCCUGUAAGUGUAAAGGUAUAGCUGGUAGAUGGCAAGACAUGGAGAAACUAACAGGAAAGUUUGGAAGGAAGAAUCCAAGUGCUGAUAGCUUUGUCUCAAUAACUAGGGAAUCAAGAUUUUUGUCAAAAGUUGAAGGGAAAAUAGAGGUUUAAAUCUUCAAAACUCAGAGUAGCAAAUAGAGGAACUAAAUCUAGUUAUUAAACAUAGGAUGGGAAGUGGCAAGCAGUUUGUUCUUUCCUUUUCAUAUUAUGGGGCCAAUAGUAAUUGCCUAAAGCUGAUAAAUCAAUACAUAUAUAAUAAUCCAGAAUUAUGGAGAAGUAAAUCCCAGAAUGAAAAGAGGUUUAUCCAGAGUGUGGGGCUUAGGAUGAGUUUGGAAUCUGUUGCUUUCUACCAUUAAGUCCUUUAUUUUUGAUUUUCUAUCAUUUGUACUUAUUACUCUAGCAAAAAUUAAAUCCUGAGUUUGAAAAUGGGUUAAAUGUAGAGGUGACACAAUUGCCACAGUAUUUCUACUUUCUAACUUUUUAGGUCUUAAUUUGGACAAACUAAGAAGGCUGUGUUUUAAAUUAAGCAAUAAUAGUGUUCUUGUUCUAAUGGUGCAAUAUUUCAUGUUUCCUCUGACCAGCUUGCAUAGCUAGGGGCAGAAUCUUUAAUCCUUGAGGAAAUGAAUUACUGCCAAAGACAGUGAAGCAAAGCUGCCAUUGUUCUUGGAGUUUUAAAAGUGUCCCAGUGUUUAGAACUUUUGAAGUAUUUUUGCAAAAGUAUACCAGCUCUCUUUGGGGGAGAACUUGAAUAUAUGAAACAGGGGUGUGGCUUACUUGAAGAAUUUUGAAAUAACCUUGUGUUCAUAGCAUGAUAGUGAGUCCGGAGUCUUUGUGCCCAGAGCUCUGAUUAUACUCCAAAGAUCUGAAUUUAUAUCAUAUCCCCAGUUACUGUUAUACUUAUAUCGUUAGAUUUUUACAUUCCAUUUUAGAAUUUCAAUGUUUAUUUCUUAUCUUUAAAGAUGAUACUGUGGUUUUGAGUUUUGCCUUUUAAGUGUGGGUUUCUGAUAUGUUGAAAUCCCAAGGCAGUUUUUAUUUCAGUGCAGCUUUAAAAUUCAGUGGAGGUCAUUGUCCACUGGCCGGUUGUGAAAUGAUCUUAGUUCACACCCAGAUUCUUGCCCUGUGUUCAGUUUUUCUUGCUUUGACUGGAUAUGGGAAUAGACCUCUUAGGCUCUGCUCUGUUAAUCUCCACCACUUGUGGAGAACAAGUAGCAGAUAGUGGCUGGGGGAAGCCAACCCACUCUGAGGGACUGGGCAUGUGAAUGGGACAACAUCCACAGCUUUUUCUAAACCUACAAAUGCCCUAACUCAUAUCCCUUGGUCCCUGUCACUCUGAAGGUCGAGUUGUCACAUAGCUCUUACUUCCUUCAUACGUACUGGGACGGUCAGUAAUGAGUGCUGCCGCUGCCCUGGUCCUAGGAGUUGUUGCAAGCAUCCUGGUGGUGCCCAGAGAGUACUUGCUUUUCACACUGAACCAUCUGGGUGGCCUGGGUCCAGUUUUUGGCGUUUAAGGGCCUUGGAGGGAAAGGGAAGAAAGCUGGAAUUUGAGCAUAAAUUGGAUUUUGUGUGGGCUGAGGGUCUUCCUAGGUGUAGACUGUCCCUGCUGGACCUGUACCCACUGUGCUAGCUCAGGAGCCAACUGUGUUCUGAACAGCUUAGACCAGCACCCAGACCCUAAAUGACCUAGAUUAGGAAGUAGAUAGGUUGUUCUCUGCUGUCAUUGUUUGGACACAGCUCUAUUUACCUUAUUUAUUGUUCCUGCUCCCCAUAGCCUCAGCUAAUGGGCUGUGUUCUCCUGCCUUUAAGGCUGGUUCCAGGCAGAAUUUAAGAGCCUUUGCUUGUUUCCUGAACCAGGGAGUACAGCUUUACCUUGAAGAUGAAGGCACCUCCAGUUGCAGAAUGUGGUUGGGGUUACUGUGUUCUCUCAUCAAGGUGUAGCUUUACCUUACCUUUCGAUGAUGGGUUCUGCCACCUUAUCGCGGUGGGUCGCAGGAGACCAGGUGCAACCGGAGCAGGGGCGCCCUCUGCUGCUGGGUGUCUGCUCUUCUUCCCACAGCCGCCCAGGGGAUUUUUGAGGGGCAGUGGAACACCCCUGCUUCCUCCAUCCCCUGCAGGACCACCCCACGUGGAGGAAGGACAGUGCCAGGACCAUGUGCAGGCAAAGCCUGCCCAGAAGCAGUGCAGCAGCUAAAGUUAUUCUCCGUGGGUUGCUCGUGGGGGCCCCGCGGGCAGAAGCGCUUCCACUGCAGAGAGCCAACAGAACUGGAGGGCUGUACAGCUGCGACAUCACCGCCCGGGGGCCAUGCACACGCAUCGAAUUUGAUAACGAUGCUGACCCCACGUCAGAAAGCAAGGAAGAUCAGUGGAUGGGGGUCACCGUCCAGAGCCAAGGUCCGGGGGGCAAGGUUGUGACAUGUGCUCACCGAUAUGAAAAAAGGCAGCAUGUUAAUACGAAGCAGGAAUCCCGAGACAUCUUUGGGCGGUGUUAUGUCCUGAGCCAGAAUCUCAGGAUUGAAGACGAUAUGGAUGGGGGAGAUUGGAGCUUUUGUGAUGGGCGAUUGAGAGGCCAUGAGAAAUUUGGCUCUUGCCAGCAAGGUGUAGCAGCUACUUUUACUAAAGACUUUCAUUACAUUGUAUUUGGAGCCCCGGGUACUUACAACUGGAAAGGGAUUGUUCGUGUAGAGCAAAAGAAUAACACUUUUUUUGACAUGAACAUCUAUGAAGAUGGGCCUUAUGAAGUUGGUGGAGAGACUGAGCAUGAUGAAAGUCUCGUUCCUGUUCCUGCUAACAGUUACUUAGGUUUUUCUUUGGACUCAGGGAAAGGUAUUGUUUCUAAAGAUGAGAUCACUUUUGUAUCUGGUGCUCCCAGAGCCAAUCACAGUGGAGCCGUGGUUUUGCUAAGGAGAGAUAUGAAGUCUGCACAUCUCCUCCCUGAGCACAUAUUCGAUGGAGAAGGUCUGGCCUCUUCAUUUGGCUAUGAUGUGGCGGUGGUGGACCUCAACAAGGAUGGGUGGCAAGAUAUAGUUAUUGGAGCCCCACAGUAUUUUGAUAGAGAUGGAGAAGUUGGAGGUGCAGUGUAUGUCUACAUGAACCAGCAAGGCAGAUGGAAUAAUGUGAAGCCAAUUCGUCUUAAUGGAACCAAAGAUUCUAUGUUUGGCAUUGCAGUAAAAAAUAUUGGAGAUAUUAAUCAAGAUGGCUACCCAGAUAUUGCAGUUGGAGCUCCGUAUGAUGACACGGGAAAGGUUUUUAUCUAUCAUGGAUCUGCAAAUGGAAUAAAUACCAAACCUACACAGGUUCUCAAGGGUAAAUCACCUUAUUUUGGAUAUUCAAUUGCUGGAAACAUGGACCUUGAUCGAAAUUCCUACCCUGAUGUUGCUGUUGGUUCCCUCUCAGAUUCAGUAACUAUUUUCAGAUCCCGGCCUGUGAUUAAUAUUCAGAAAACCAUCACAGUAACUCCUAAUAGAAUUGACCUCCGCCAGAAAACAGCGUGUGGGGCGCCUAGCGGGAUAUGCCUCCAGGUUAAAGCCUGUUUUGAAUAUACUGCUAAACCUGCUGGUUAUAAUCCUUCAAUAUCAAUUGUGGGCACACUCGAAGCUGAAAAAGAAAGAAGAAAAUCUGGGCUAUCCUCAAGAGUUCAGUUUCGAAACCAAGGUUCUGAGCCCAAAUAUACUCAAGAACUAACUCUGAAAAGGCAGAAACAGAAAGUGUGCAUGGAGGAAACCCUCUGGCUACAGGAUAAUAUCAGAGAUAAACUGCGUCCCAUUCCCAUAACUGCUUCAGUGGAGAUCCAAGAACCAAGCUCUCGUAGGCGAGUUAAUUCACUUCCAGAAGUUCUUCCAAUUCUGAAUUCAGAUGAACCCAAGACAGCUCAUACUGAUGUGCACUUCUUAAAAGAGGGAUGUGGAGACGACAAUGUAUGUAACAGCAACCUUAAACUAGAAUACAAAUUUUGCACCCGAGAAGGAAGUCAAGACAAAUUUUCUUAUUUACCAAUUCAAAAAGGUGUACCAGAACUAGUUCUAAAAGAUCAGAAGGAUAUUGCUUUAGAAAUAACAGUGACAAACAGCCCUUCCAACCCAAGGAAUCCCACAAAAGAUGGCGAUGACGCCCAUGAGGCUAAACUGAUUGCAACGUUUCCAGACACUUUGACAUAUUCUGCAUAUAGAGAACUGAGGGCUUUCCCUGAGAAACAGUUGAGUUGUGUUGCCAACCAGAAUGGCUCGCAAGCUGACUGUGAGCUUGGAAAUCCUUUUAAAAGAAAUUCAAGUGUUACUUUUUAUUUGGUUUUAAGUACAACUGAAGUCACCUUUGACACCCCAGAUCUGGAUAUUAAUCUGAAGUUAGAAACAACAAGCAAUCAAGAUAAUUUGGCUCCAAUUACAGCUAAAGCAAAAGUGGUUAUUGAACUGCUUUUAUCGGUCUCGGGAGUUGCUAAACCUUCCCAGGUGUAUUUUGGAGGUACAGUUGUUGGCGAGCAAGCUAUGAAAUCUGAAGAUGAAGUGGGAAGUUUAAUAGAGUAUGAAUUCAGGGUAAUUAACUUAGGUAAACCUCUUAAAAACCUCGGCACAGCAACCUUGAACAUUCAGUGGCCAAAAGAAAUUAGCAAUGGCAAAUGGUUGCUUUAUCUGGUGAAAGUAGAAUCCAAAGGAUUGGAAAAGAUAACUUGUGAGCCACAAAAGGAGAUAAACUUCCUGAACCUCAAGGAGUCUCACAACUCAAGAAAGAAACGGGAAAUUACUGAAAAACAGAUAGAUGAUAGCAGAAAAUUUUCUUUAUUUGCUGAAAGAAAAUACCAGACUCUUAACUGUAGCGUGAAUGUGAACUGUGUGAACAUCAGAUGCCCGCUGCGAGGGCUGGACAGCAAGGCGUCUCUUAUUUUGCGCUCGAGGUUAUGGAACAGCACAUUUCUAGAGGAAUAUUCCAAACUGAACUACUUGGACAUUCUCGUGCGAGCCUUCAUUGAUGUGACUGCUGCUGCCGAAAAUAUCAAGCUGCCAAAUGCAGGCACUCAGGUUCGUGUGACUGUGUUUCCCUCAAAGACUGUAGCUCAGUAUUCAGGAGUACCUUGGUGGAUCAUCCUAGUGGCUAUUCUCGCUGGGAUUUUGAUGCUUGCUUUAUUAGUGUUUAUACUAUGGAAGUGUGGAUUCUUCAAACGCUCUAGGUACGAUGACAGUGUUCCCCGAUACCAUGCUGUAAGGAUCCGGAAAGAAGAGCGAGAGAUCAAAGAUGAAAAGUAUAUUGAUAACCUUGAAAAAAAACAGUGGAUCACAAAGUGGAACGAAAAUGAAAGCUACUCAUAGUGGGGGGCCUAAAAAAAAAAAAGCUUCACAGUACCCAAACUGCUUUUUCCAACUCAGAAAUUCAAUUUGGAUUUAAAAGCCUGCUCAAUCCCUGAGGACUGAUUUCAGAGUGACUACACACAGUACGAACCUACAGUUUUAACUGUGGAUAUUGUUACGUAGCCUAAGGCUCCUGUUUUGCACAGCCAAAUUUACAACUGUUGAAAUGGAUUUUUCUUUAACUGCCUUAAUUUAACUUUCUGGGUUGCCUUUGUUUUUGGCAUGGCUGACUUACAUGUGUUGGGGAAGGGCCUGCCUAGUUGCAUUCGGGUGACAUCCUCCCGAUAGUGCAGGUGAGUGUAGGUGCCUCCUCAGCUACACUAACAGAGUGGCCGUCCUAACCUCGGGACUGCUGCGCAGACAUCCAUCACGUUAGCUGUCACACAUCACAAGACUAUGCCAUUGGGGUAGUUGUGUUUCAAUGGAAAGUGCUGUCUUAAACUAAAUGUGCAAUAGAAGGUGAUGUUGCCAUCCUGCCAUCUUUUCCCAUUUCCUAGCUGUGUGAAUACCUGCUCACGUCAAAUGCAUACAGGUUUCAUUCUCCCGUUCACUAAAACACACAGGUGCAACAGACUUGAAUGCUAGUUAUACUUAUUUGUAUGUGGUAUUUAUUUUUUCUUUACAAACCAUUUUGUUAUUGACUAACAGGCCAAAGAGUCUCCAGUUUACCCUUCAGGUUGGUUUAAUCAAUCAGCAUUAGAGUAUGGGAGGUCAUCACGUUGACCUAAAUUAUUUACUACAAAAAGAAAAUCUUUAUAAAUGUACUAGAGUUGUUUUAAUAACUUAUCUAUAAAUUAUAACCUCUCCUUCAUGACAACCUCCACCCCACAACCCAAAAGGUUUAAGAAACAGAAUUAUAACUGUAAAGAUGUUUAAUUAUUUCAGGCAUUGGAUAUUUUUUAGUUUAGAAGCCUGCGUAAUGUUUCUGGAUUUCAUAUUGUAACAUUCAGGAAUUCUUGGAGAAAAUGGGUUUAUUCACUGAACUCUAGUGCAGUACUGCUGCAAAUACUGUAUGUUCAGGACUUGAAAGAAAUGGUGAAUGCCUAUGGUGGAUCCAAACCGAUCCAGUAUAAGACUACUGAAUCUGCUACCAAAACAGUGAUUCCAGUCAGAGCAUCGUGGCUUUUACAUUGUUAAAUGUUAUUGGAACCAUUUAAUCAGUGAGUCGAUAUUCCAUUUUUUAUUUUGUUUCCUCCCCUAUCUGUAAUCCCAAAAUUACUUUGGGACUAAUUUAACCAGAACUUUGAAUUGUGUUUUUAAUUGUAAAAAUGGCAGGGAGUGGAAUUAUCACUCUAUACAUUCAAUAGAGAUUGAAUUGAAUAGAUAUGAAACCUGAUUUUUUUUUAAUUACCAUGCUUCACAAUGUUAAGUUAUAUGGAGAGCAACGGCAAACAGGUGCUAAUUUGUUUUGGAUAUAGUAUAAACAGUGUCUGUCUUUUGAAAGAACAGAACACAGUUGUAGUGCCACUGUUUUGGGGGGCUUUUUUCUUUUCAGAAAUCUUAAACCUUAAGAAACUAAGGACGUUGUUUUGGUUAUACUUUGGAAUUCUUAUUCACAAAAUAUAUUUUGUUUACAAAAAUGUCUGUAAAUAAAGUCUGUUUCUUGCUUGGGGAACUUGUGUCCCUAAUGUGUUUAGAUUGCUAAGGAGCUGAUAUUUUGACAGUUUUUAGACCUGUGUUAUUUAAAAAAAAAAAAGUCCCAAAAAGGGUGUUGGGAGGGUGGUUCAACAAAGAAACAAAGAUGUUACGGUGUUCAAAUUUAUAGUUGUUAAAAAUGUCAUCUCAAGUCAAGUCACUGGUCUGUUUGCAUUUGAUACAUUUUUAUACUAACUAGCAUUGUAAAAUUAUUUCAUGAUUAGAAAUUACCUGUGGAUAUUUGUAUAAAAGUGUGAAAUAAAUUUUUUAUAAAAGUGUUCAUUGUUUCAUAACAAGCAUUGUAUAUGUGAAGCAAACUCUAAAAUUAUAAAUGACAACCUGAAUUGUCUAUUUCAUCAAA